CGUCGUUGGGUCGCCGCUGUCUCUCUCUUCCUCCCUCCCUAGUCUCUGUUGACCCAGUCUUCACCUCAAGAAUCCACCUACCCCGCCUGGCUAAUUCUCUCCACCGCCUACCUGCGGCCCUCAGGAGUGCCGCAAGACUCUGGUCGCUCGCCGGCGGGGAUCGCUCCUCCCCUCUCCACUCGCCAUGUCAGCACCCUCGGCGUCUCCGUCGCCGCUGCAGGUGGCGGCCAACGCUCCACCCGACGACGCCAAGAUGCCCAAGGGGCACUGUCGUUACAUCCUCCUGCAACCCGGCAUCAAAGGCCAGCGGUGCGCAUGCGUCAACUUCUCGCUCAACAAGGACAUCCCCAGCGCCACCUGCGAUUGUGGUCAUCUGGCAUGCUACCACAAUACCGAGCCCGACAGCUCGACGGACCAGAGGAUGGAGCUGGAGCUGCUGAAGAAGCGGCUGCACCAGCUGGAGGAGCAGCUUUCCAAGGGACAGGAUGACAUUCUGGACGGUGUCGUCAGCAGGCUGAACGAGGUGGAGGACCACUUAGAGAAGAGCAGGGAAGAGUUCGGUGAGCAGAUCAAGGGCGUGUACCGGAAUGUGAGCAUGAGCUGGCGGUCCAUCGAACAGGUGGAGCGCAGGAGCCAGCAGCAGGACGACCAGAUCCGCCAGAUCUACGACAAACUGAGAGACCAUGACGAGCAGCUCGACAGGCUGCAUGCCGGCCAGCUGGAGCUCCGAGACGCCGACCUCAGCCUGGAGGAGCGCAUCGAGAAUCUGACCGAGACCUUAGAAGAGGAGGAGGAGGAAUGGCGCCUUUCCGUCGCCGCCGCCGCCGCCGCCGCCACCGGCCGCCCGCGGAGGCGAUCGACAUCCGACACUUCACGCCCAAACAUCCCUUUGGGCCCUUUAGGGGCAGGGGCCGCCCUACUCGACGCAUUGCACUCACACCCGCACCGAUCGCCAGCGGGCGGCCCCUUCACCGGCACCCCCAGCAACCGAGGUCCUGGCGACGGCAACGAGCGCGACGACAGACGCCUAACUCCGCCGAAUCGCCCUCAGCGCCCCUCCCCCCGACCGACGCGAUUCCCCGCGUCUGCCCCGUCCACGGGCGCGUGGACGGUGCACAUCUCCCUGCUGCCGCAUGCCUUUGUGCCGAUGCCCUUCGAGCGCAACACCAACGCGUACCAGCGGUGCCUGUCGAGGGGCCUGCACCGGAUGGUGGCGGUGCAGGGCCGCGACGCGGCGUCGUUCCGCGCGGCCGUCGAGAAGGCCUUCGGCCAGUUCCUGCGCGGCCGGGAGUGGAUGCCGCUGCAGGCCAAGCUGUGCGACGCCGAGACACUGCUGGGCCUGCCGAUGCUGCGCCCGCUCGACGAGAACCUCCUCCGCCAGGUUAACGGCGGCUUCGACCACGCCUUCCUCCGCCGCCACUGCGCCGUCCUCGACGCCAACGGCGUCAUCGACUCGCUGUACAUCGCCAUGCGCCGCCACACCAUCUCGUGGCACACCCUGCGCCACUCGCCCGUCUUCAUGGAGGGCCUCGAGGACUGCUGGAAGUACGACCCGCUGCUGGACAGGGACCCCUACGACGGCGACAUGGCCGUCGACGACGAGGACCGCCCCGCCGCCGGCGACAUCACCACCGCCGUGCGGCCGCCGCUGCAGACCGCCGGGCUGAAGCGGCCGCUCACGGAGAUGUCGCGGUCGAAUAGCUUUGGCUCCGCGGGCGCCGGCAGCGGCAGCAGCGUCGGCACGCCCGCGGGUGGGUGUGCGAGCUCGGGCAUCUCGCCGGCGGGGCCGGAUGCCGGCCCGGACGAGGCGCGAGUCAAGAGGUCGUGUCCGGCGCCGCCGCCGCAGGGCGCGAUCGUGGGCAUCCGGAGGAGGGAUCCCAUCAAGACCGUCUGAGCGGGGCGUGACGCACAUGCGCACGUGGAUGGUUAUGUCCGUGAUAUGACUGACACCUGAUGAUGGUACCCCGCCCGUCCUUGUCGCCCUCUCGCCUCAUGCGGAGUUCCGGAGCCUCGGAUGGACGACGGACAGACGGAAGGAUGAAGAGACUGGGGAGGGGUCCUGUGCUGUGGGACUAAAAAACUGCAGCAGCAACCACAACAACAGGAUUCAAGAAGAGUGAUGUGAUGAGCAGGCAACGAAAUGAUAGAAUUGAUACAGCGCGGGGUUCUGGGUGUUGGUUGAUUUGGGCUGCCUUACUUACCUAGGACAUGGCUUUUUGUUUUCCUCGUUUCGCUUAUUUUUGUUAUUUUUCUCUUUGCUUUUCGUCUCUAGUUACCCCCCUCUGCCAUCUCGAAAGUCAAAUGGAUUUCGGAUUUGUU